GAGCAAAGACUAAAGAGAGUUUGGUGCAAAAGACUCGGCAGCAGUCCAGCCCAGCAACACGCAGAGCAGCAGCCGCCGCUCUCUUUGCACUUCUUCCGAUUGUGCACUGAUUGCAGUCGGUGUGUCUGCAAUAAUUGGACUGCACCUGCGAGCAACAAGUGCACGAGUCGAGAAACGGAUUAAUUUUUAUUUCGUCUUUUGCUCUGCUCAUCACUCGAGAGGCCUCAGCAAAAAAGGCCCGUCUAUAAUCUGAACGUGAGAAGAGACCAUCUCGGAUUGCGGUGCCGCUAUUAUGAACUAGACGAGGGCAAUUUCGUUUUAUUGCGACGAACAUCACUCGAGCAAUUAACAGAAAAUGUCUGAGCGAAAUAUUCCACACCUCCGGGACAUCUUCGGAGUGCCUUUUGAUGGCGUCCAGUACAGCCCCAGGUCCCGCAGGAGACCUAACAAGGACAUGAAGGAAUACCAAUUGAUCAGUCACUUCAACGCGAUGCAAGUUACAGACACAGGCGGCACCUCCACCGAUCCUGACAGCGCCGUCUCCAUUGGAUCCAGUGGAGAAGAAGAGGUGUUCCAGCAGCAACACAAGAGCAAAAGGCAGACGAACCGCGACGGAUCAACAGGACGACGGAGCCGCAGCCGUGAGCCCGAACAAAACUACCGGACGCUGUCGCAAAAGGACGUCAAGCACUUGGAGCGUCACCUUUCGAUGAAGAAAACCAUCCGCAAGAAGAUCAUGCGAGACUUGCGUCAGGCGUUCGUCGAAGACCCGAGCGAGUUUCGUGUGGAUCCUGAGCGGCACGACCCGAAUCAGCUCAGGGAGAUUAACAUCAACAACCUCAACUUUAACGGGCGUGCGCAGCAGUCGGACUCAAACUUCCUGGACAUUUUGAGAGACGAAGAUCGUGACUCUGGACAUGGAAGUCCGACCAGGGAGCACCGCUACGACAAGUACGAUCGGCAUCAUCAGCAGCAGCAGGAGGUUCAGAUAUAUCCUGCAGAGGAGCUACCGGAAAAGAAGCAGACCAGUUUUUGGAAAAGAUUCACACUCAAGGGAAAGAGCAAAAGAUGAAAGGGUUGCUCUUGUUUUAGUUUAUAAUGUAUCCUUUUUUUAAUAAUUUUGGAGAGAUUGUUCUUCACUCUUCAUGAUGUGAUUUUUAAAUUACGCUAUAAGAUGCACUUGCAUUCUGAAUAAAAAAAUUUAGGUGGCUAUGAAAUUCUGCAUUCGACGAUCUUCAAUGUGUUAAAUUUUAUAAUUAUAUUAUCUUCCAUAAUUUCUUUAACAUUAUUUUGCUUUUGAUGGAUUGACAUUGAUUCAUCCCAUGGUUUCAUCUCAAUCUGGUCUUUAAAUAAUUUAAAAUAUUGUGUCUAAGGCUUUUAAGAUAGAUUUUAAGGAUGCAGCUAAAUGGGAGCUAUCAUUUUAUUGUUAUUUUAGCUAAAGAAAGGUUACAAUUUCUAGUUUGUAGCAUCAAAGUGAUAAUUUUUGCAAUUAGUUAUUUGAUGAUCUGCUUUUUUUUUGUAUAUUUCCUUGUUUAAGUUCACCUGUAAUUUACUUGAAACUUAUUUAGAAUUAUUUUUUGCGAGCUUCAUUUUAUUUUCAUUAUUAAUUAUAUAAGCACUCUCGGAUGUCCUCUACGAACUGAAAUGGUACUACAAUGAAUUUGCACUGAAAAUAAGUCCUUGCCUUCAAUAAAGUGUAGAUAUUAUC